AUGAAGGACGGAGGAUCCCCGCGAGGACGAGAAGCGGAAGCUCAGGCGAAUCAAGUUGAGGGCCGCCAGCGACGGCAAGGAGGGCUGGGUGACCAUGAAGGGCAACCAGGGCACGGUCUACGUGAUGGAGAGAGCACGUCGCACUACGCCUGCGUGCGCGCCACGGCGAUCGAGACCAGCUUCGCAUCCGGCGGCCAGGUCGUGCGGAUGCUGGAGGAGGGCGAGCUGUUCGAGGUGUCCGAGACCAAGCCCCAGACGCUGGAAGGCGCCUUGCGGGCGAGAGGGCGGAUCGUCCCCACCGGCGACGACGGCUCGGGCGGCGAUUCUGGCUGGAUCUCGGUGGACAGCCACGUAUCUAUUUGGUGCACCACCCACAGGUGCAAGAGGGGCACCGACCUGACGGACGAGUCCGGCGAGGUCAUCGUGCGCCCGCUUGUCGUGGGAGAGGUGCUGGAGGCCUUGCAGGUGCCCUUCAGGGACGAGGCCGCAGGCAUCUUGCGGGUGCGCCUGCGAGCCGAAAAGGACGGCGCCGUGGGCUUCGCGGCACUCAAGGACGCCGACGGCGGGGUCCUCUUGGAGCCGGCAGCCUGA